AUGGUGCGGGUACAGGUUGAACUCUUUACCCUCCUGAUAAUUUGCAUGAUAAAAUUUAUUGCCGUGUUAUCUGGAGUACAAAGUCAUAGUGGUCCAAGUGUUGACUUAGCCAUAUUUGCUUUACACUUAUCAGGUAUUAGUUCACUUCUUGGAGCUAUAAACUUAACUUUUAUUGGUGUCAUUACUACAAUACUUAAUAUGAGAGCUCCAGGUAUAAGCCUUCACAAACUAGCUUUGUUUGGGUGAGCUGUAGUUGUUACUGCUGUGUUAUUAUUACUAUCUUUACCUGUACUAGCCGGUGCAAUUACAAUGGUCUUAACCGACCGGAAUUUUAACACAUCAUUCUUUGAAGCUGCUGGAGGUGGUGAUCCAAUACUUUACCAACAUCUUUUCUCAAGACUAGUAUUUGAAGAUUAUUAUAUAAAUGGAUUCUUCGGUCACCCUGAGGUCUACAUUUUAAUUAUACCUGGUUUUGGUAUAAUAAGUACUGUAAUAUCAGCUAGUUCUAAUAAGAGCGUUUUCGGUUAUCUUGGUAUGGUCUAUGCCAUGAUGUCGAUAGGUGUAUUAGGAUUUGUUGUUUGAAGAAUAUCUGUUAACAUUUUGCAUCAUAUGUACACAGUUGGUUUAGACGUGGAUACCAGAGCUUACUUUACAGCUGCCACACUAAUAAUCGCUGUACCUACGGGAAUUAAAAUUUUCUCUUGAUUGGCUACAUGUUACGGAGGAUCUUUACAAUUAACUCCUUCAAUGUUAUUUGCUUUAGGUUUUGUUUUCAUGUUUACAAUCGGAGGUGGAGUAAUUUUAGCGAACGCAUCUCUUGAUAUUGCAUUCCACGAUACUUAUUAUGUCGUAGCUCAUUUUCACUACGUUUUAAGUAUGGGUGCAGUAUUUGCACUAUAUAGUGCAUGAUACUUCUGAAUACCUAAAAUAUUAGGUUUAGAUUAUAAUAAAAUGUUAGGUAAAGCGCAUUUCUGAAUUUUAUUUAUAGGGGUUAAUCAACAUUUUUUAGGUCUACAAGGAAUGCCAAGAAGAAUAAGUGAUUACCCUGAUGCUUUCGCAGGUUGAAAUUUAAUAAGUAGUUUUGGUAGUAUCAUUAGCGUGGUUGCUACAGUGUUAUUCUUAUAUAUUGUAUACAUACAAUUAGUUGAAGGUAAAGCUACAACAAGAUAUCCUUGAUUAACUCCACAGUUCUAUAGUGAUAGUCUACAAACACUAUUAAAUAGAAGUUAUAACUCAUUAGAAUGAGCAUUAACUAGUCCCCCUAAACCUCAUGCAUUUGUUAGUUUACCUUUACAAAGUUAA